CGGCGGGGGAUGUGGGUAAUGUAGUUGGUAGGCAGGGCUGCUCAGAGGACGCGGGUCGGGGAUUAGGAGAGGAAGAAGCUCCUUUACUUCACACAGGUUUCUCCACAAGCCCGCAGGAGGUUUACAUGUAGACGUUUUGAAGUGACUUCAGUCGAAGCUUUUAGGAGAGCAGAGACUCGCUUCGCUGACUGUGGUGUGGCGGAGGAGACCGAGGAGGAGCAGCCAGGAGUUCGGAGCCGACAGACGGGCAGGUCACACAGGAGCAGCUCACCAUGAAUUUCCUCUUGGAGACGCUUUGCCUGAUUGUGUUUUCCAUCUACUACCUCAUGGAAGCUUUUGUAAAGCUCUUUGUUCCAAUCAGAAAAAGUGUGGCCGGUGAGACGGUGCUCAUCACAGGGGCGGGCAGCGGUAUCGGCCGGCUUUUGGCAGUGGAGUUUGCCAGCAUGGACGUUUCCCUUGUGCUGUGGGACGUUAAUUUGGAGGGUCUGAAGGAAACGGCCCGCAUGACAAAGGAAAAGGGGGCACAGAGGGUGCACUAUUACCAGGUCGACUGCAGUGACAGGGCUGAAGUGUACCGAGUGGCAGAUCAGGUCAAACAGGGAGUUGGAGCUGUCACCAUUCUCAUAAACAAUGCUGGCAUUGUCACUGGCAAGAAGUUCAUGGAUUCUCCUGACGUUCUUGUUGAGAAGACUCUCCAAGUUAACACAAUGGCACAUUUCUGGACGUAUAAGGCGUUCCUUCCAGCGAUGACUGAGAAAAACCACGGGCAUCUGGUUUGUGUUGCCAGUUCCGCAGGCCUGAUAGGUGUGAAUGGUCUGGCAGAUUACUGUUCCAGCAAGUUUGCUGCUGUGGGCUUUGCUGAGUCAGUGGCCCUGGAGCUCAUAGACAUGGGAAAGGAUGGCAUCAAAACCACGAUAGUGUGUCCUUACUUCAUCAACACGGGCAUGUUCGAUGGCUGUGGUACAAAGUGGCCCCGUUUGCUUCCCCUCCUGGAGCCGGAGUAUGUUGCGAAGAAGAUUGUGAAUGCCAUCCUGACAGACCAAACCUACCUUUACAUGCCACGGACCUUAUAUGUGUUAAUGUUUUUGAAAAGCCUGGUGCCGUUUAAGGAGGCAGUGGUCUUGGGAAUGUACUUCGGAGCCUUUAACUUCAUGGAUGCUUUUAAAGGAAGACAGAAGAAAGAGGAUUAAGCCAUAAUAGGAUUUUAUCAGGUUUUAUUCACCUGUCUUAAAGGAAUACGCCAGCAUUUUUCAGUCCAAUCCCAAUUUGCUACAUCUGUGUCAUACAGUCGAUUAACAGACAGUAAUUUCCAUACAUUUCCAUGUGCUUAGAAAGAACCUUGAUAGAACCUUUUAAAGGAAGCCAGUGAGGAGUUGAAUUCAUACAGAUGCAGCAUAUAGACGUUAGGUUAAACAGUGCUGGAUUAUUCCUUUGUAUGAUAGCGAUUUCAACAAGACUUAAUUUCUACUUUUAUUAUAAUGAGCAAAUUGUAACCUAUUAUGUUUUAUGGACCAAAUUAUACAGCAAGACUACCAGACCUGAACUCGACUCCAUUUACAUUAUGUUUAAAAUGUAUCGUAGGCUAUUAAAUCACUGAAAAGUACAGAAUGAGGAUCUAAUACACUUCAAAGACUGUUAGGCACAUUAAAGGUUAAUGUGUACAAUUUAACCCAUUUCAGGAUUAAUGUGCUGUACUUUAAUGUUGCCCGUGGUAUUCUGUGCUGUUUCAGUGCAGCCUCUUAUUCUGCAAGCAGUGCUCGCAUAUACAGUAGACAUAUACUAUAAUAGAGUACUGUUCAAAAGUCUAAGACCACCCUUUACUUUCAUUUUCAGUCAAAACUGCCAUUAUGUACAAGCUAUUCAUUUUCAGAUUUUCCUGAGGAAAUUAGAUAUAAAAUAAUCCACUCACAUAAAGAAGAAGAAGAAAGCCAAAGUGAAAAACAGGAGUUUGCAAAACCUUAAAAACUGAUUAAAAGCUACAGAGAAAAUGGGGCUCCUAACAACCACCUGGAAGACCUGACAGACACCAAAACUGCCCCCAUCAGAUAAACAGCACUUAAAGCUUUCAUCUUUGAGAGAGAGGAGAAAAUCAAGCUGCUUCAGAUCCGUAACGUAAAAAGCUUCAUAAGCUUCAUAAACUUCAGAAGUGUAAAAAAUAUCCCUGCAGAUUUCUUUGAGAAACUGAAAGUGAGUCUCCUGAAAAGAAUGGAAGCUGUAAUAAAGGUGAAGAGUGACACACUGAAUACUGAAACAUCUUAUGUUAGGUUGUUGAAGCUUCAGAGCAAUUAUCUGUUAAAUAUAUGUUUACUGUUUUUUUUCCUGACACUUAAUAGCUGUUUUGACUGGAAAUGAAAUGAAAGGGUGGCCUUAGACUAUUGCACAGUGCAGUACAAGGACACUCAGGAAAUUUGCAAGCCAGAGAAACUGGUUCUCUCUCUUAGCAUGCCUUAGGAUUGGGUAAUUUCUCUGCAGUAAUGCACAGCUACCCUGGGGCAAUGUGUUCGUCAUGGUGAAUAAGGUGCUGUUGAGCAAAAGAAGUGCUUCAGAAUAGUGUUUAAGAUGUUUUAAUAAGUACUAUGCCUUUUUAGCCCAUGCUAGUCUGAUGGGAUGUGUUUUAUUCAUCCAUUAACGAUGAACAACUUGAAGGUGACUAUUCAGCUGCAUUGAUUUUGGAAUGUUAGAUUUCAUUAUAAUAAAGUAGUAAAGUAAGCAAUAAUAAAUUAUAUGCUAGUUUUUGGCCAAAAUAAAAUUGUUGUAAUAUUUACCAAGAAAAAAA